ACACACUCUUCGAUAACCCAGAAGGUGCUCUAUCCUAAGCGAAAGCAUUCUUCUUGACCUGAGUUUUUUUACUGAAAAAAGUGUAGUAAAUAGGAGGGAUGGAGUGUAGGGAGAGCUUUCUACAAUUUCUCAGCUGGGGAUUAAUCUUUUGUGCACUGGCAUAUUUUGUCAGGCAGACCAAGACUCACACUCCUUAUGGACGCUAUGUGGGCUGUGAUGGACCUCCAGGGAGAACAUGUCCAGCCAAACUUGCCUGGUUCCUUCAGGAGCUACCUUCUUUCCUGGUGCCUGUGCUCCUAGUCGUAACCACCGACUCCCAGCACAGCCUGGGCAGAAACCUGCUUCUCUGGACCUUCUGUCUGCAUUACUUUCAAAGGACAUUUAUCUACUCCUUGCUUAACAAAGGCCGGCCUUCUCCUCUCUACAUUGUUGUCUCUGCAAUGGUCUUUUGUACAGUUAACGGUUUUCUCCAGGCCCACUACUUGCUCCACUGUGCCACCUAUGAUGGUGCCUGGUUGACAGACAUUCGUAUGGGUUUUGGUUUACUUCUUUUUUUCGUAGGUAUGGCUAUAAACAUUCACAGUGACCACAUUCUGCGAAACUUGAGAAAGCCAGGAGAAGUUGUUUACAAGAUUCCUAAAGGUGGAAUGUUUGAGUAUGUAUCUGGUGCAAACUUCUUUGGAGAGAUAGUGGAGUGGGUUGGGUACGCCAUUGCGACAUGGUCCAUAUCUACAUUCUCAUUUGCCCUUUUCACUCUAUGCGCCAUUGGACCGCGAGCUUAUCAUCAUCACAGGUAUUACAAAGAAAAGUUUGAUGAGUAUCCCAAGACAAGGAGAGCAGUGAUACCUUUCUUACUAUGAAGAGGAAAAACUGCCUUCAAAAGCAAAGCUGAGAGCACUGAUGCAGCCUCAUAUUUUUGCAAAAUAUUUUUUUCGAGUCCCCUUAUCUUGUUAUUGUAGGAAAUUGAAACCUGUUGCAUGUGACCUUUGCACUCUGCUUUGGUUUGGUUUUUAUAGUAAACAUGGAAUUCUAUACCACAAUCCACUUCACCAUCGUAAGGUUUCAUGGUUGUUUAAUGAAAUAGUGAAUAAUAGAUGUGGGGUAUAUAAUUAUGGAAGCAAAUCGUGACCAAAAUUUUAAUUAAAAUGCAUUUGCAGAAAUGCUUUUUCAUUUUCAGAAUGUGGCAGCAUCAUUUGACUCAUGGCGCUCCCUCAAAUUGUGCAAACACUGUUAGAAUUAGCUGAGCAGGUAGAAUCUAAUAAUAUAUCUGAGUCUGAUGCCUGUGACCGAGUAGAACAAGUCAUAGAGAGCUUGGUUGCAUACUCUGCCGUCACAGAUUUACACAUUAAUGAGGUUGCCAAAGUAAACCUCUGUUCAGUCCUGGAAUGGCUGGAUGCUGUGGAGCCUCAAAUGGGACGAGGACGACCAACCAUCAACAUCCCGUUUUUUUCAAUUUGAGGGAGCGCCAUGAUCUGUGAUGCGUCCUCUAAAGACCCUGCAAUUCAAUCAAUUUCCCGGCACAUUUGAAAUGUAAUGCAAUGCAGAUGUGCACACCGCCCCCUACCGAACAAGAUGGGUAGCUCGGUCAGCAGGGAGCUGAAGAUGAGCAGCUACUGACGUCACUCCGCUGCGCCGCUCAGAUUGCUUUUUCGUUUUCGAAUUAUGGGCAGUACUUUGCGGGCAGACUGUUUUCUUUUUGAUUAUGGCAUAAAAUGUGCAGUCUUGAAGAAGAAAAUGCAAAUAGAAUGAUUGAUUACUAAUUUUAUUUAUGAGUCCAAUAAUGCUAGCCUGGCUCUGCCCUCCUACGUACUUCCGCUCAAUUUUAUUUUUGCUUCUGUACAUAGGUCUGGCCAUGAGGUACGUAAGUCAGAUUUUUCCGAUUGAUUUUCUACCGGCGAAUCAGCGAACAGAGGGAGUGGCUGAGAACGAUGACGUUGAUGUCGUGCUCUAGUUUGUGUUGUAGUUCCGUAAUGGCGGCGGAGAAAGAAUGCCUUGCAAAGCCAUUCGGUCCGUUGUGGCAACGCUGCCGAAUAUCCAACAGCUAAAGCCGGAGCAAGAACAAGUUUUGCUGAGUUUUGUUGGUGGCUAUAAUGUUGUGGCCCUCCUCCCCAUGGGGUUCGGGAAAAGUUUGAUUUUCCAGCUACGGCAGCCAGCUCUGUUACAGUAGUGGUGAAGGAAUUGGCUAAGGCGAACGCUAGCGAUUGGUUAUGGCAGAUCAGAGUGGCUCUGGGAAGAUCCAAUAGUUUUAAACUUCAACAGAGUACCCGCCUACAAGGAAGUCAACGCUUCAAUCAAUGGAGCGAGGCCAGACUCUCUGUACAAAUGCAAUGUACGAGAGUCUGGUUAGGACCAGGCUACAAUAAUGCAGCCACAUUCUUAAAAUGAAAAAGCAUUUCUGCAAAUGCAUUUUAAUUUUCAAAUUUUACAUUUCAAAUUGAAUUUUGGUAUCUAUUUGUUGGGGCAUAUUCUGAAAAUUAAAUCUCAAAUGUCUAUUUCUUUUUUAUUUUAAUUAAGUGAAAGAUUGAGCACUCUUGAAGAAAAUUUAAAUGCAAAUAGGAUGAUUGAUUACUAAUUUCAUUUAUGAGUCAAAUAAUGCAGCCACAUUCUUAAAAUGAAAAAGCAUUUCUGCAAAUGCAUUUUAAUUAAAAUUUUGGUCACGAUUUGCUUCCAUAUAUAAUAGAUAGGGUGUGGUAGACAGCGCUUGACAUAAAACAUUUUGCUCACCAGCCACUGUGGCUAGUGGUUUUCCAAAGUUACUAGCCACUCAGUAAUUUCAUUAGCCACAAUUUUGUUGUUGGGAAACGUUUUAUUUGAUUAAAGUUGACUACGGUUUGCUACAAUUUA